AUGGCUGAUGUGUUUAGGUGCCAUGCAACUAUGUGUUCUAGUCAAGAAAAUGUUGAAACACCUCACAUCGUUCUGUUUGCAAGGUUCGAGAAAGUGUCACUCCGCAGGAGGCACGCUCCCUACCCGCAGUCGCUCUGCCAAAGCCACGUUCAUCGACCGCAGCCGCUCUCUAAGAGCACGUUCACCUUCAGCCGCCCUUCCAGAGGCUCAGCAUUCCGCAGCCACAUUUCAAGAGGCACAUUCCAAACCUACAACCGCUCUUUUAAGGGGCGCGCUUCCAACCUGCAGCCGUUCUUCCAGAGGCAUACUGCCCACUCGCAGAGCUGCUAUUUAAGAGGCGCUCUCCUCAACCUAAGCGCCUCUGAAGAGGCAAUCUCGCCGACCACAGCCACUCUUCCAAAGGCACACUCUCAGCCUACUGCAACUAUUUCAAAGGCACAUUCAUCAACUGCAGUCGCUCUUCCAGAGGUACACUCACAGACAGCUGCCGCUCUGCCAGAGGCCCGCUUCCCACCGCAGUCACUCUUACAGAGGCACACCACAGUCGCUCUGCAAGAGGAACGCCCCACACCUGCGGCGACUCUUUUGGAGGCACGAUCUACGCCCGCAGCCUCUCUUCCAGAUACACCCUCCCCACCCGCAGCCAUUCUCUCUGAGGUACACUCCUCACCCAGAGCCGCUCUUCCAGAGGCACACUCUCCAGCCGCAGCCACACUUCCAGACGAACAAUCCCCACCCGCAGCAACUCCUCCAGAGGCAGACUCCCCACCCGCAGCCAAUCCUCCAGAGGCAGGCUCCCCACCCACAGCCACUCCUCCAGAGGCAGGCUCCCCACCCACAGCUACUCCUCCAGAGGCAGGCUCCCCACCCGUAGCCACUCUUCCAGAGGUAGACUCACCAUCCACAGCCACUCUUCCGGAGGUACAGUCCCAACCGGAAGCCACUUUUUCAGAGGCACUCUCCACACCCGCAGCCAUCCUUCCGGAAGUACAGUCCCAACCCGCAGCCACUUUUUCAGAGGCACUCUCCCCACCCGCAGCCACUCUUCCAGAGGUACACUCCCCACCCGCAGCCACUGUUCCGGAAGAACAGUCCCAACCCGCAGCCACUCAUCCAGAGUCACACUCCCCACCCGCAGCCUCGCUUCCAGAGGCACUCUCCCCAAUCGCUUCCGGUCUUCCAGAGUUACACUCCCACCCGCUGACGCUCUUCCAAAGGCACUCUCACCAUUUCACGACCGCUCUACGAGAGGUACACUCACUGACCGCGGUCGCUUUGGGGGAGGCAUGCGCUCCACCUGCAGUCAUACUUCCAGAGGAAAGCUUACCACCCGCAGCCAUUAUUCCAGAGGCAUGCUCCACACCCGUAGCCACUUUUUCAGAGGCACUCUCCCCACCCAUAGGCACUUUUCCUGGGACACGCGCACCAACUCGCAGCCUCUCGCACUCAUUCAACCACCGCAGCCGCUCUGCCAGAUGCAUGCUAACCAUCCUGCAGCCACUCUUUUAA